CACUUUUCUUAACUGAACUGAAGUAUUUAUAGGGUGUUGGAAGUGAAGUUCAAUCUCUUCUAUGUCAUUGCAGUUACAUGUUUUUUCUCUCUUUAUAAUAUCUUCUUCAUAUUGUCAUUGUUCCCUGAAGAACACUGUUAGAACAAUCAUAGAGGGAUGGGAAGGAAAGGAAAUUGGUUUAAAACUUUGAAGAAAGCUCUCAGCCCCAGCUCCAAAAGGAAGAAAGACCAGAAGACUAAAUUGUCUGGAAAACAAAAACACCCCAGUGUAUGUUCUACUCCUACAUUGACUAUUGCAAAUCAGAUAGCUCAGCAAGAAAAGGUAAAAUCGACCUGUGAGGAGAAUGAAGACCACUGCAAAGCUCAUUCUGUUCCAAUUUCGAAUUCCACGGGCAUGGCUUCUACAGCCGGCACACAGGUUGUCCAGAUCACUACUGUGACUCAAUUCACCAGAAAAUCUAGAGAGGAAACGGCAGCAAUCAAGAUUCAAUCAUUUUUUCGUGGAUAUCUGGCAAGAUCAGAAAUACGAACCUUAAGAGGGCUGUUGAGAUUGAAAUUAUUGAUGGAGAGUUCAGUUCUGAAUCGUCAAGCCAUGAACACCAUCCGGUGUAUGCAAGUUUUUGUCCGUGUCCAUUCCCAGAUCCGGUCAAGAAGGUUGAGGAAGCUGGAGGAAAAUCAGGCUCUCCAGAAACAACUCCUACAAAAACAUACAAAAGAACAAGAGAAUUCUCAGGUUGGGAAAGGGUGGAACGACAGCACACAAUCAAAGGAACAAGUUGAGGCUAAACUACUAAGCAAGCAUGAAGCAGCUAUGAGAAGAGAGAGAGCAUUGGCUUAUGCCUUUUCUCGACAGAAAAUCUGGAGAAAUUCUUCGAGGUCAACAAAUCCACUAUUCACAGAUCCGAACAAUCCCACCUGGGGAUGGAGCUGGUUGGAGAGAUGGAUGGCAGCUCAACAAUGGGGGGAUGCGAGCUCUGGUAAUGUUUGUGGAGAAAUUAAUAAAGCCGAUGCUCAAUCCAAACAGAGCUCGGAGAUAAAUUCGCCAACAGUAAGCCGAUCUGGAAGCCGUAGAUAUACCUUCCAGCCCCUCACGAUUCAUUCCAGACGUAGAUCAGUUGCAGAGGCGAAGCAACUGAAGCCAUCAAGCACACGAAAGAGCUCAGUUCCAGAUGAUUCUCUCGAAGCUAACGCUCAAUUUGAACUGAGCUCGGAGGCAAAUUCGCCAACAGCAAGUCGAUCCGAGAGCCACAGAUAUACCUUCACGUCCCUCUCAACUCCUUCGCCGCGAAGAUCAGUCGCAGAGGCAAUGAAAUCAAAGCAAUUAGGCGCCAGAAAUAGCACGAUUCCAGAUGAUGACAGCAAGAGCCUGGCAAGUAUAAAAUCAAACAAUGGAGGACCUCGAUCAUCCGUAUGGGACGAAGAAAGCCAAAACAGUUCACAAAAUCUUCCGAGUUACAUGACGUUCACUGAAUCGGCAAGAGCCAAAUCGAAGCUUCAUACUCCAUUUGAGUUGGAGAAGAAUGGAGCUCGAGAAAUAACGUCGUUUAGUUCAUCUGCUAAGAAACAACUCUUGUAUCCGCCAUCUCCGGCCGGGUCGAGGCGCUAUUCCAACCGUCUGAAGGUGGAUAUAGCGGCUUGAAUGAAGAGAAUAACAGAAGCAAAGGGAAAGCGUGAAAGCAGCACCUUUCUUUCUUACGGUUCAGCAAUAAUUCGUU